CCCAAAAGAUUAAGAGAGAAAAAAGUGGAAAACUCCCAAAAAAUGCCAGCCGCCGAACAAACCUCAGCAGACGCCCGUAGAAAGGCUGCUCGAGAAGUUAUCGACAUUCUCCAUGAAAUUGCAACAUUGCUGAACACCCAUCUCGAUCGGCAACAACUAUCAUAUUGCGUAUCAUUGAUUGAAAAUGGCGCGAACCCAGAGGCCUUGGCGAAAGUGAUACUACAGUUACGCGAAGAGUAUCCCACGAGUUCCGUAGAUGGAGACACAGAAGCGGGUGCCGCCGCGCGCUGAAUUGGGAAGCCCGAAUACUACACGACCCCAACCCCCCAAAUAGGCGUCCGGGAGUUUAUUUUUAUUUGUACAUAUGAAACUACAACCGUGCUUUUUUCCCCUUGUAACAAAGCUGCCUUCACAAAAGGCUAUUGCGUGGUAGCCGCGUCAUUGCGAGACUGGGUUUUGCCAAAGAGCAAAAGCUGACGCGGCGAGGGAAAAAAGGUGAGAAAGGAAGGGACGGGUGCGAAAGGACGGGGUGGCUGGCGGGGGGUUGAUCAUCUCACACCAAACAACAAAAAAACGUUAUCAGUUGGGGGGGAGGGGGAGGGGGGGAAGGUCUUCCGCAUCUAGAACGCCUACUUUUUUACAUUUACCCAACAUCAAAAAAAAAGCCCG